AUGCGCGAGGAUUAUUUAUCGACAGAGCAGUUUGAUGUGGCUGAAGGUCAACUUUGGCUGGACCUCUACUGUGAGCUGGACCAUGUACAAAUGGAGAACCGAACUUAUCUCUCCCAGGCGAGGGAAAUGAUGGAACAAGAAAUUGAGCGGCUGAGAAUGUUGUCGCAUGAGCAACUCAAAGGGUUUCGGCGCUUACUUCUUUCCCUCACCGAAGUCCAAUUCAGACAGGGAUAUUAUCUUGACGCUGAAAUCUUGGUCAGAGAGCUGGUAGUGAUAUAUAUAGCGACUGACCUGCAAGAACUGGACAUAGUGGAUUGGCUUGAGCAUGUGAGGACUCUCAUUGUAUUUGCACGCCUCUCCUCACCACCCCAGGACUAG